AUGAUCUCCACUGAUAAUGUCACGCGCGAGGCUUGUGCGCAGGAAGAUUUGGAUAUCACACCUCAGUUGGAAACUAUAGUGAUAGAUGUUUUAUCGCAAGCUAUACCGGUUGUUUUGCUGUCAUCAGUUGUAGUCAACUUCUCAUCUGUGUUCGCCUAUUACAUCAACCCGAAACUAUGUAUCAAGUAUAACUGGGAGAGUUUUGCG